UGGUACUAAAUAAUGUUGGUAUUGCUUGUGCUAAACCGGUUGUGUGGGAGAAUAAUAAAGUUGUUAUUUGCGAUAGUAAAUGUUGGACCUUGUUACUGGAUUAAAACAAAACAGUUUCAAAAAUGUCAAUGGAAACAAUUCCUAAAGAUUUACGAGGAUUGAGAGCAUGUUUAGUGUGUUCACUUAUUAAGACUUUCGAGCAAUUUGAAUAUGAUGGAUGCGACAAUUGUGAUGAGUUUCUUAGGAUGAAAAACAACAGAGAUAAUGUGUAUGAUUGUACCAGUUCAAAUUUUGAUGGGAUGAUUGCAGUGAUGAGCCCAGAAGACAGUUGGGUCUGUAAGUGGCAAAGGAUCAAUCGAUUUACAAAGGGAGUAUAUGCUAUCUCUGUGUGUGGACGGCUUCCUCCAGGAAUUAUUAGGGAAAUGAAGAGUAGAGGUUUAGUUUAUCGUCCCCGUGAUACCAGCCAGCGGUAAUCAUCCAAGAGACUGCAUCCGUAUGUUGCAGUUUGUGUUCUACUUGUGAACUUUGCGUGAACAUCUAUCGUCUGCAACAAAAUAUCUUGUUGUCAUGGAAACUGGCUGAUUCCUCAUCAUUGCUACGGCCUUAUUGGAUCCCGAAUCAGUCUUUUGAGUUAGAAGAAGUUACUCCAGAUUUUUUGCAGCUACAAGUCUGAACACAGACAUCCCAAUGUCUGCAUUAUACUGGUCAUCCAAACUCAAAUCUUUAGUUUUAACCUUACAUAAUAAUAAUGUUAAUAAUAGUAAUGUUUUUGAGAAUAACAUGUGUAACCAAAUAAACAUCAAUGAUAAUUACAAAUAAAUACAUAAUCUGUCAA